GUUAGGAUGUGAUUGGUCGACGGCCGGCAACCUCCUGGAACAUCAUGGUUCCCUACAGAGAGCUAUGAAUUAGCAUUCCGGAGAGUGACAAAGUAAUUUUGGGUAUUAUUACAUAUAUCUGGACCUGUUGGGCCAUUCUUUAUGGCUCUGUAACUCGGGGUCUUUGUCCACAAAGCGUUGGGCUACGUAGAUAAGAUAUUCCAUAUCGUGUGUCGUUUUAGGCCAUCAUGUUUAGGUCUAGGCCAGCAUUGGAUGUUGCGCAGAAACUUCGAUGAUGACGGAAUUUAUCUCAUAAUAUUUUCAACCAAAUGGUAUCUUAACCGAAGACAACAUAAAUUGUCGUGUGCCUAGAAUACAGAGGUCGAGAAUGAGAAACAUACGCCACUUUGUGAAAAUGGUAAAAAACUUCAAGGACAAUAUGUUUACUAAACACCUAUUGAUCACAAACACGGUCAGUGGAGGUGUCUUGCUUGGCAGUGGCGACGUCAUCCAACAAGUGUUCGAGAGAUAUCAGGGGUACCACAAAGGGAGGCGGUAUGACACCAUGAGGACAUGGAGGAUGUUUGUGGUUGGUCUGCUUCAAGGUCCUCCACAUCACUAUUGGUACACUUGGCUGGACAAGGUCUUCCGUGGAAAAGACCUGAAAACCAUUGCAAAGAAAAUAUUGUCUGACCAGUUUAUUGCUGCUCCUUUCUUUGCCAUCACAUUCUUCCUUGGUAUGGGUUACAUGGAGGGGAAGGAUUUUGGAGCCAUCCUCAGGGAGUUCAAUAAGAAGUUUCCCUAUGUGUACUUGUUUGACUGGUGUAUAUGGCCACCAACACAAUACAUCAACUUCUUGUGGGUUCCUGGAGCAUAUAGAGUAAUCUAUGUCAAUGCUGUCACAGUUUGCUGGGAUGUCUUCCUCUCUUACAUCAAGCACAGGGAACAAUUUGAGAAAGAUUUCACCCCGAUGGAAGCAUUUUUCCACGAUGUGGAACUUCAUCAUGAGGACAACAUCCAGGAGGUAGAAGGAACACAGAAGAAAGCCUUAAAAAAUGUCUAUCAGGUUCCCUGAUUGUUGCCACUCCUAUUUCUCAGAAGAUUGGAGAGUCCACUGCUUUUGACCCCAUGGUAAAGGUAGACCUGCUAUAGUAAGUGCUAAGGCUGAAUGAUUGGAAGGAAGCUCUGUUGGGCGUUUUUAUCUCUCCAUAGAGGUGCAUUAGGGGAAUCCAUUGUGAUAUUUAUAUUAAACGUUUCUGCAUGCAUUGGAGUUUGAGUUUGUGAUAUUUAUACUUCCAAGAAGUUUUAAAAAAUGACCCAAAGAAUAGCACUUUAGCACAUUAUAUGUCUUGAGGCCAGUAUGGAAAUACUAGUCA